AUGAUUCCUCGAUCUAAGCCUGCUCAAUCGAAAGGACCCUGCUCAAUAUGUAUCAAGCGUAAGGUCAAGUGUGAUCGAGAAGUACCCUGUGUCAACUGUGUUAAGAGAGGUGAACAGGACAAAUGUAUAUCUUCUCAUAACAGUUCACUAAACAAGGCAGGAACAAGUGAUAGCGAUAGCAAGCGAGAAUACCUGGUUCUCUGGCAAGCUUACAAUACCUGGGUUUUCGAUUAUGGUUUAUGGGAACAGAAUAGCCAAAGCUGGAUUACGAAACGUCAAGACAGGAAAAGAUGGGACUGGAGGCUGAGAACGGAGACCUCGGAAGCUUGGAUUGAUUUGCUGAAUUCAGAAAUGUCCUUCAAACUGCUUGAUUACUCGGUGCAAAAGCUGGGGGCGUUAUUUUUUGGCAUUUUGAGCGAUGUGGGAGAAUUGUAUACAGAACUGGAAGAAUACUGGACCCGAUUAAAAGCUUCAGCAAACGAUUUUACGCCGGAAAACCACUUAUGGAAUGCCCUUCUUUGGUCGGUUUUGACCUUGGCGGUGUAUCAUAUACCUCUGGGUACUCUGGAGACAAUAAUGUUGGAAUCGCAGUUAGCUUCGAUGCAACAAGAAUUACAAGUCAAUGGGCUUACUGAACAGGUUCGAUCGGAAAUCGCUAGUGAUUACGCUGGUGUUUCUUUACAAAUGCUUAACAGGGCCAAUUUCAUGGCGUUUCCAGACGUGAAAAUAAUACAAACGUAUCUAGUACUUGCCUCGACUUCAUUUCCGAUGGAUGAGCCAGCACUCUUCAACAGUCUCCUUACGCAUUGUCUGCAUCUUGCAAAGCUUUUGGAGCUGGAUCUGUUCAGGCCCUCUGUGGCUGAUGCGACUGACUUGAGACUGACAAAGCUGGCAUGCGAAAAGAUAUGGUAUCGCUUGUGCGUCCACGAUUACUGGCAGUCUGGAGUCAACAAACCAUUGUCCAUUCACGAGACUAACAACUCAUUGCUCAGUCAUGCUGCUUUCUUGAUGGACAAACCGAACAUCGAUGUCUACCAAAGUGAAGAUACCUUUGAGGCUCUUCUAUGGAAAGUCGUUUCCUUAGAUCGGGAUAUCAACAAGUAUGUCAGCACACAGGCAAAACCUCCGCUCAAGACAUUGGAUGCUGUACAGAGACAAGUGGACAUCUUCAUACGCAAGGCGCAGGCGCUCGACGUUAAAAGCUUCAUUAGUGUCAAAGGUGAAAGUUUCAUCAUCGGCUUCUUACUCAACGCUGUCAAUUGGAAGAUCGCUAACCUUACUUACACUCACUAUGACUCGAAGUCGGGCCAUGUUAAGCUGUAUCAAUAUUCAACAAUGAUGGUCGCUCAAAUUCUUCAGAAUACCAAGACCGAAAUGGCAUUUUUGAACAAAUUGCCAUUUGUGAUAAAGAAUAUAAUGACGACGCUGGGUUUUCACUCCCUGUGUUUCGUAUUUGAUCGUUCAGCGUUAAAUGAGCAACUGGCUUUUGACCUAGCGGAAGUAUGCGACAUUCCAGAAUUGAAGAGCAACAAAACUUUGAAAGCUGCCUGUGCUUUGGCAGGAAGACUCAGAGAAUUGAAGACAGUUUGGCGUAAAGUUCGCGUAGUCGAUGACGGGGAGUCUCUCAGUCAUCCGGUUUACAAGGUUUUAGAAAACGACAUUUUGGCGCUGAAGGAAAUAAGUAGGAGACAGAACCGUCUGUUUCUUAAGUGGGAUAGACGCAAUGACAGUGUUUCACCCGACGACGAUGACGAAAAACGAGGUCGUGAAUUCAUGCUGAUUGUCAGAAAUUUCGAAAAGACGUUCAACUUACGCAAAAUUCUUGACCAAGAUCAGUACAAUUAG